AUGGAAUCGAGUCCAAGUGGAGGUGAGGGGAGAGGUGGACACACAGCUGAUCCCUUCUUAAUUGCUAUCAACCAGCAUUAUUUGUUUCUCUCAGGAGCUACAACUUGCAAAUCCACAAUGGCGACCCAGGCCGUCAGUUUAGUUGGUCCAUGCCGAUUUCAGCAACUACUAGCUUACUAG